AUGAAUGAUAUAAAUGACUCUAGUAGUGAUGAUGAAUGGGCUUAGUAAAUUGAUAAACCUUACAUAAGUAUGGCAUAGAAUUCUCAAGCCACUUUGCUUAAUCCUCAAAUUGUCGUUUUUAAAAAGUAAAAUGUGGCAUUAAGUGAGGACUCUAAGAAAAUUGACUUAGAUCAAGAUGAAUUCAACGAUAAAACGGAUUAAAAUAUGGAGGAUGAAUGUCCUUUUGAUUUUAAAGCUGAGUAAAAUAAUAAAUCUGGCAAAUAAACAUACGAUUAAAUGCUCUACAAUCCUUGUGAAGAUGAGAGAAAUGCAGAUUGGAUUAAGAGAAUUCAGAGGAAGAAGGCAUCAUAAAGCUAUAGUAAAGGAAAAAUUCUAUAGAAUGAAAAAGAUCUGAUUUAAAUAUCAUGCUCAAAAUGCUUCACCCCUUUGACAUAUUCAGGAAUCUAGAAGAAAUCAAAUUUAGACUUCAUCAAUAGUGACUAUUAAUCAAAUGAAAUUAAAAAUGCCAAGAUAAAUGAAUCUAAGAUUCUCAGAGCCAAGAGAGGCAUGACUGAGACAGAUUAGGAAUUCGAGAUGCUAUAUUUUAAAGUUGAGUGCGAUUAAUGUGAUAAUCAGAUUGCUCUUUUUGACUUUGAAAAGAAGUUAUUUUACUUUACUAGUGUAGUACCUAACUAUAUUGGAUGA